AAAUGCUUUCUGCUACUAAGAUAUGUGAAAUGUAGGCUAAACUGAGAAAGCUCAACUAGCAAGCAAGUCGCAGCAUUGAAGAACGCGGAGAGGGAACAUUCUGGCACGGGGAGAUUUUGGGCACAACACCGGGACACUGUGCUUACUUUCAACCCUAGUCGUGUAAGAAGCUUUUCUAAGGAGAAGUGACUAACGUCUGAAAAAAAUAUUUGUUUCUAAUAGGCUGACCACACCGCUCGCGACCAUUGUCUGAGAACAUUUAUUUAGAUGAUGGGGUUGAGCGCGGCGCGAGCCACACUCAUUCUUUUAAAAUGUAUACGUUUGAUUUGGGUCGCCAAAUGCGCCGAGUGGUGUUUUGGGGUUGCACUUUGGACUAGUAGAAAAUAAGGAGAAUGGAGCGGAAACAGUUCACAGACACUAAAUCAAGCGUACCUACCCUCAUUGGUCCAUUCGAGUUGCUAUGAAAUUUAAACCACGCCUUCAGAUUGUUUCGCUACAAAAAUGAUGUCUGGAGACUGAGACCGAUCAUACUUCUUCCUUAAACAAAGUUAACAGACAUCUACUAACUAUGCCUCUAAAAUUCACAAAAUGUCAAUCUGUAUUAAUCACUGGAGCGAGCAGAGGCCUCGGUCUACAAAUGGUGAAAGACCUGGCGAGAAGCACCGAGAGACCCAAAACAAUAAUAGCGACUGUUCGCAAUCCAGCCGCAGCACAGGAUCUUCAAAAUAUUGCCAAGUCCUGCAAAGGUGUUCAUAUUGUACAGCUUGAUGUUGUCAGCCAGUCAAGUAUAGACUCAGCAUUGCAAGUGGUGUCAUCUAUACUGGGAAGCGAUGGGCUGAAUUGCCUCAUAAACAACGCAGCCAUCAAUCCAUCCACUGAUCUGAAGACAGUGACACCUGACGCCAUGAUGAAGACUUUCGAGAGUAAUACUGUUGCCCCUCUUUUUGUCACCAAGACAUUUCUGCCAUUGCUACAGAGAGCUGCUGCACGGGGCACUGGAAUGGGGAUCCAUAGAGCAGCUGUGAUCAACAUCUCUUCCAUACUCGGCUCCAUUAAGGUUAACUGGGGAGCCGGAGCAGCCUUCAAAAGCUAUGCCUACAGAACCUCAAAGGCUGCCUUGAACAUGAUGACAAGGUGUCUGGCCACUGACCUGGAAUCUGAAGGGAUUCUGUGCAUGGCUCUUCACCCUGGCUGGGUGCGCACUGACAUGGGUGGCCCACAUGCGGAUUUGAGUGCGGAGGAGAGCAUAUCAUCUUUGCUGUCUGUUAUCACUGAUCUGACAGAAAAGAAUCAUGGGGGAUUCUUGGACUACUCUGGAAACAAGCUACAAUGGUGAAGCUCAACUUGGAAACAGUAACUUGUGGAAUGGGUUAUGUGCAGUUGUUCUGCAAACAGUUCACUGGGACAAAACACAGCAGAGAUCACAGAAUAGAACAAACAACUGCAACAUCAUGCUAUUAUGUUGCUCAGCAAUCUCCGAUUCCGUUGUAUCUAGUUGGUGUGAGAGAACUUGGAGAUUUGACAUUUUAAAUUGGAGACUUUGUUUCAUCUGAGUGGU